AUUUCCAUUAAUUCCACUUCAGAUACGCACUCCCUCUCUUUUAUCCCUCAACCACCAACACACACUCUCAUGGAGGUUUCAUGGGAGCAAAGUGUAACUUAUUCCAUCAAUGCAAUCUACCUUCUCUUCUCUGCGUACCUUGUCUUUGUGAUGCAGAUUGGUUUUGCCAUGAUAUGUGCAGGUUCUGUGCGUGCCAAAAAUGCCACCAACAUAAUGCUCACCAACGUGGUUGAUGCAGUGGUAGGUAGUAUCUCCUUCUACCUUUUUGGUUUUGCAUUUGCAUAUGGCAAUUCCAACCCUUUCAUAGGCACAAAUUUCUUUGCUCUAGCUUACAUUCCAUAUGAAAAUUAUGACUACGGUUUCUUCCUUUACCAAUGGGCUUUUGCUAUAGCAGUAGCAGGCAUCACAAGUGGGUCCAUAGCUGAGAGAACCCAAUUCACUGCCUAUCUUGUAUUUUCAUUUUUCCUUACCGGGUUUGUGUACCCGGUUGUGGCCCAUUGGGUAUGGUCUUCAAGUGGUUGGCUUUGCCCCAGUUCUAGUGACUUGUUUCUGGGCUCCGGUGCCAUUGACUUUGCUGGGAGUGGAGUGGUGCAUUUGGUUGGUGCCAUUGCCGGGCUUUGGGGAUCUAUCAUGGAAGGCCCGCGGGUUGGCCGGUUUGAUGCUUAUGGAAAACCUGUUCCCCUCAGAGGCCAUAGUGCAACACUUGUGGUGCUCGGGACGUUCUUGCUAUGGUUUGGUUGGUUUGGGUUUAAUCCGGGUUCGUUCGAUCGAAUCCUCGUGGCCUACCCUGGCACGUUGGGUGAGGGCAAUUGGACUUCGGUAGGUCGGACAGCCGUGACAACCACAUUAGCCGGCUCAAGUGCCGGAAUCAUCACGUUGUUCGGCCGUCGGUUGCUAAUUGGCCAUUGGGAUGCAAUGGAUGUUUGCAAUGGCUUGCUUGGUGGGUUUGUUGCCAUCACCUCAGGGUGCUCAGUUGUUGAGCCAUGGGCUGCCAUUCUCUGUGGGUUUGUCGCGGCUUGGGUCUUAAUUGGGCUCAAUAUCUUGGCACUUAAAAUGAACUAUGAUGACCCAUUAGAGGCAGCCCAAUUGCAUGGAGGGUGUGGCACAUGGGGUUUGUUGUUUACAGGGUUGUUUGCAAAGGAAGAAUUUGUGGUUCAAGCCUAUAAUUCAGGGGUAGCAGUGAAAAGACCCUAUGGACUUCUACUUGGAGGUGGAUGGGGAUUGAUUGGAGCUCAAGUGGUUGAGAUUUUGGUCAUCUUUGCUUGGGUUAGUGCGACAAUGGGCUCUAUGUUCUACAUCUUGCACAAGCUUGAGAUACUAAGAAUUCCUUUGGAUGAUGAACUUGCUGGUCUUGAUAUCUCAAUCCAUGGAGGCUCUGCUUAUGCUCAAGAGGAUAAUCAUCCUCGAUCUUAUCAAGACUAUAUGCGUAUUCAGAGUAACCAAUCAUAGUUUGAUUUUAUAUUGACAGGAUCAUGUUUUGUAAUAUAUGUAGAAACAAUUCAACUUUGUGUAGCACUACAUUUAUUUGGUUCACUUGUUUUUGGAUGAGACUUGGUGGAUUCAUAAGUAAACAAAAUGGGUCAUUAAAAUCAAAGUCAGAUCAAGAGAGGAACAGGUUCAUUUCAUUUCCCAAUUGAGCUAUGUUUCAGCACGCAUCAAGAUAUCAGAAAGAAAGAAGGAAUCUUGUCAAGUGGGUGGAGCUCAUACAUGAGAUAGAUGGUGAUGCUAUCACUUGCUCACUUGCUCUCAUCUAUGUCGUUUUGUCCACUGAAUGGAUAAAUAGUGGCUUG